AUGAGCGACGUAAAGAUUCACAUUUUCACAGACAAUUCUCCAGUAGCCGAUAGAUCUUCAGUUCUGUUGUUCAAUGGGAUCAAAGCUGCUGUUCCAGCCCCUGUUGUACAUGUCAAGAACUUGGCUUGUUCUGUCAGAAGAGCCAGCCAAACCGAUUUUGAACAUAUAGAUGCCUCUAAUUUUGAUAAGGAUGCUUUAAAUGCUGACAUUUACUUGUUUCCAACAACAGGUGUAUUGUCUUUGUUUGAAAAGCAUUUUUUCAGUGAAGAAUCCCCUAGUCAUGAAAAGCCACUCAAAGGCAAGAAAUUUGGUGUGCUCUUGACCGAUAAGACCACUUUUGAUGGACCUACACCUUCAGAUUCUCACGAUCUUGAUAGCAAGUUAAUCGAAAAACUUGUUGCCCAUGGACUAAACAAACCUGCUAUUAUAAAAGUAAAUUCGCCCAUAGAGAGUGCAAUUCAAGAUGCUGGACAGCAAUUCUUGAUUGCUCUUUUAUAA